GAGACCAUCUUCUACAAGAUCCAGGACAUCUACGAGAUCCACAAGGAGUUCUACGACAGCCUCUGCCCCAAGGUGCAGCAGUGGGACAGCAAGGUCACCCUGGGGCACCUCUUCCAGAAACUGGCCAGCCAGCUCGGCGUGUAUAAAGCCUUCUUGGAUAACUACAAGGUGGCGCGGGAGACCGCGGAGAAAUGCAGCCAGAGCAACAACCAGUUCCAGAAGAUCUCGGAGGAGCUGAAAGUGAAGGGCCCCAAGGACUCCAAGGAGAACCACACCUCGGUCACCAUGGAAGCGCUGCUGUACAAGCCCAUCGACCGGGUGACGCGGAGCACCCUGGUACUGCAUGACCUCCUCAAACACACGCCGGCUGACCACCCCGACUACCCACUGCUGCAGGAUGCCCUCCGCAUCUCCCAGAACUUCCUGUCCAGCAUCAAUGAGGACAUCGACCCACGGAGGACAGCAGUCACCACUCCGAAGGGGGAGACGCGGCAGUUGGUGAAGGAUGGCUUCCUGGUGGAGCUGUCCGAGGGCUCACGGAAGCUGCGCCACGUCUUCCUCUUCACCGACGUCCUCCUCUGCGCCAAACUGAAGAAGACGGCCGUGGGGAAGCACCAGCAGUAUGACUGCAAGUGGUACGUGCCGCUGGCUGACCUGGUGUUCCCGGCCCCCGAGGAGUCGGAGCCCUGCCCACAGGUGCACACCAUCCCGGACCACGAGCUAGAGGACAUGAAGAUGAAGAUCUCAACCAUCAAGAGCGAGGUGCAGAAGGAGAAAGCCGGCAAGGGGCAGAGCCGAGCCAUCGAGCGCCUCAAGAAGAAGAUGUUUGAAAAUGAGUUCUGGCUGCUCCUGAACUCCCCCACCAUCCCCUUCCGCAUCCACAACCGCAACGGGAAGAGCUACCUGUUCCUGCUCUCCUCGGACUACGAGCGGUCGGAGUGGAGGGAGGCCAUCCAGAAGCUGCAGAAGAAGGACCUCCAGGCCUUCGUGCUGAGCUCGGUGGAGCUGCAGGUGCUCACGGGGUCCUGCUUCAAGCUGCGCACCGUCCACAACAUCCCCGUCACCAGCAACAAGGACGAUGACGAAUCCCCGGGACUCUAUGGCUUCCUGCAUGUGAUCGUCCACUCUGCCAAGGGAUUCAAACAAUCUGCCAACCUCUACUGCACACUGGAAGUGGACUCCUUCGGGUACUUUGUCAGCAAAGCAAAGACCAGGGUUUUCCGGGACACAACAGAGCCCCAGUGGAACGAGGAGUUCGAGAUCGAGCUGGAGGGCUCGCAGUCGCUACGCAUCCUGUGCUACGAGAAGUGCUACGACAAGACCAAGCUCAACAAGGACAACAACGAGAUUGUGGAUAAGAUCAUGGGCAAGGGGCAGGUCCAGGUAAGGCUGCGGGGGGCUUCGAGGGGGCUGGCCUGCCUGUGUUCCCCUGGCCUGGGGCUGGCCUGCCCGUGCCAGAGCAGCUCU